AUGCCCUUUGACAGUUAUCCUCACCCACACAAUCAAGAUCCAAGCGCGGAUGCCAGCCAGCAUCAGCAGCAUCAGCAACACUGGCCGCCGACUCUUCCACCGUCAGCCGCGCAUCAAGCGCCCAUGUCUGAGACUGACGCCAUCUCUGUUGCUUUUCCAGCCCCCAUUUCAGCGCCCAUCGAUCCCCACACCGUCCUGAGCUCGCUCGACACCAACCCCGAUGAAGUCAUCAUCGGCGGGAUCGGCUCCUGCUUCACUGUCACCGGGAUGCACGUGCAAACAACACGCGACGCCCUCACGAUCUUCGAGGCGUGCCGCCAAUCCGUGCUUCCACGCGUCAUCCGGCGACUGAACGAGAGCGAGAAACAGCAGAUCAACGACGGCACCAUCGUUGUUUUCGACGAAAAGGAGGCCAAGAUGAAGAGAUGGACGGAUGGCCGGCUCUGGACACCAUCGCGCAUCCUAGGCAACUUUCUUGUAUACCGCGAGCUGGACCGCAAAUUGCAGCCAAACCAAGAAGGAGCCAACGAAAUCUUGCGAAUGAGUGGCUGCGGAAAUGGGGUCAGCAGUAGCAGCGAGUACAAACGCCCUGGGACAAUCGCCAAUAACAAGGGUGUGUUCUAUCCAAAGAGUGGCGGACUGAUGAAACGCACCAUUUCGCUGGCUGUUCCAGAAAACGAGGCCGAGUAUUUGGAGAAAAUCAAGGAUGGCGACAGGGUGCCCCGGGUGCCUAGGGUACACCAGCAGCAUCUUAUUUCCUACUUCCGCGCCGAGACUUCCGCUGUGCUGCCCACGCCGGACGACAUUGAGGAGCUGAGGAACCUGCGCUUGCCGCUGCCCUUGCUGCGCAUUCAGAGGUUCCGCAGACCCGUCAAGAUCGAGGUCGUCGGGGAUGAUGGCGACGCAUACAAUAUUUAUGACUCGGAUGUGGAUGAAGAAAACGAGGACUCGGUUCGAUUUGCAGGCAGACAGCCCUUGUAUUCGUCAUCGUCGCCGAUGCCGCAGACUACAGCACCCAUGCCGUUGCCCACUCAUACCCAAGAUCUUGGCAGCGCAGAUGCUAGCAUCCAGCAGCAGCAGCAGCUUCUGCUACCGUCGCUGCCGCCGCCGCCACAACCUGAACAACAACAGCACCGCCAAAUUUUUCCACCAGGAAUAAUGCUGUCACAGACUUUGCUCAUGCAGACGCAGAUGAUGGCAACCCCCGAUUACCAGAUUCCCACUACGCAGAACAUGAACACCCAAUCAUCAGCGCAGCUCCAACCUCUGUCUCUCCAAUCCGCCGAUGCCAUAGCCACAGCCGCCGCCCUAGCCAACUUUACGCCAUCAGCGGCCUCCUCCUUGGCCUUUGACAAGCACGCCGGAUACCUGUUCAGCACAGCAAUAUCAGCAGCAGGAGGAGAGGGGGGAGGAGUUGGUAACGAUAAUACCACUAAUCAGGAGUGCAACUUUACGCAACCGCAUUAUUUAUCGUCAGAAGACAUAUAUGCUGCACCACAGGGUAUGGCUGAUGCGACAGCGUUUAACGCCAGCGAGGAGCUGCUGAUUAGGACAGAACUUGGUGAGCAGCUGCAAGCUGCUGGUGCGCUGGAGAUGACAGCAGAUCAGAUGUCGUACUUUAACCAGCUUUACGGGUUUUCACAGCAGCAGCAGCAACAGCAACAACAGCAGCAGCCGGUUGUUGUGCAAAAUCCCGAAUCAUCAUCGCAAAUGGUAAAUCCGCAGCACCGUGGCCAGAUUGAAUGUGCUAGUUAUAGUCAAGAGGACAAAUAA